CGCGGCGCGGAGAGGCGUUGCUCUCGCGAGAGCGCGGAGGCGCGCGGCCAACGGCGGCCGCUCCCCAUAAAAAGAGGGACGCGGCCCGGCCCCCGCACUCUGCGGCGGCGCGCGAGAUCGCUGGCGGCGGUGGUGAGGGCGGGCUCCUUCCUGGGCUCUGUAAGAUUCAAGACCUGAAAAAAUGGCAUUAGCAGCAAUUGAUCCACAACAGAACAUUGUAUCGAGGGUAGCAAACCUUCCUUUGGUGAGCUCCACCUAUGAUAUGGUGUCCACAGCCUACAUCACCACAAAAGAUAACCAUCCCUACUUGAAGUCAAUGUGUGAGAUAGCAGAGAAGGGAGUGAAGACAAUUACUUCAGUAGCCAUGACUAGUGCUAUGCCUAUCAUCCAGAAACUGGAACCACAAAUUGUGGUUGCCAACAACUAUGCAUGUAUAGGUCUUGAUAAAAUUGAAGAGAGACUUCCUAUACUGAAUCAACCCACUGACAAGGUUGUUGCCAAUGCUAAGGGCGUAGUUGUUGGAGCCAGAGAAGUUGUAACAACUACUGUGACUGGUGCCAAGGAAACUGUUGCUCACAAAAUCACUGGAGUUGUGGGCAAGACUAAAGAAGCAGUGCAAGACAGUGUAGAAAUGACUAAGUCUGUUGUAAAUGGUGGCAUUAACACUGUCUUGGGAAGUCGUGUGGUGCAAAUGGUGAGCAGUGGAAUGGACAGUGCUCUCACUAAAUCGGAGACCCUUGUAGACCAGUACCUCCCACUUACGGAAGCAGAACUAGAAAGAGAAGCUGCGAAAGUUGAAGGUUUUGAAGUUGGAGUUCAAAAGCCAAGUUACUAUGUUCGACUAGGAUCUCUGUCUUCAAAGUUCCGUGCACGUGCCUACCAGCAAGCCUUAAACAAAGUGAGAGAUGCUAAACAGAAAACCCAGGAGACAAUUUCUCAGCUCCACAACACUGUUAGUCUGAUCGAGUAUGCCAGAAAGAACAUGAAUAGUGCCAAUCAGAAACUUCUUGGUGCUCAGGAAAAGCUUUAUCAAUCCUGGGUAGAAUGGAAGAAAAAUACAGGUCAAAAUGAUGGUGAUGAAUCGCAUAGUGCUGAGCACAUUGAGUCAAGAACUCUAGCUAUUGCGCAGAGCCUCACUCAGCAGCUUCAGACCACCUGCCUCACACUGGUUACAAGCAUUCAGGGGCUGCCACAGAGUGUGCAGGAUCAGGUUUACAGUGUUCGCUCAAUGGCUGGUGAUGUCUACGAAAUCUUCCGAUCAGCAUCCUCCUUCCAGGAACUAUCAGACAGCUUUCUUACUACUAGCAAAGGACAGCUGAAGAAAAUGAAGGAGUCUCUGGAUGAUGUGAUGGAUUAUCUUGUUAACAACACACCACUCAACUGGCUGGUAGGUCCAUUUUACCCACAACUGCCUGGCACUCAGCAUGCUGAGAACGAAGGUGAAGGGGAGAAAAAUUCCAGCCAGGAAGACAAACAGCUUGAACACAAUAUUGAGUAAACUGCACAGCAUGUGUGUACCCCGCAGACCAGCCAAACAAGUGACGUUUAACAACUGUAGCUGUCAAAAAGCCUUUGAGAAAAAACUUGGGGUGGUGAGAAGAGACUCUCUCUCACAAAUGAGUUGUAAAGCUAUUCUUAAACAUGUGAUUAAGUGCCUAAAAAUUGGCAGCUUACAGUUGUCAAGAUGCCUUGUUUGUCUGUGAAGUCAAGAAACCUCACCUUGCUUAUUAACGGUACUAAUAGUCUUACUCUAGAUAUAUUGCAAUUAAAAGCAUUUCAUUUGUUGUUUAAUUUCUUAUUAGAAUAGUCAUAGAAUGGCUUGGGUUGGAAAGAAUUUCAAGGAUCAUCAGGUUGCAAGCCUCCUGCUGCAGGAAGGGUUGCCAACUGCUAGAUCAAGCACUAGACCAUAUUGCCUGGGGCCACAUCCAACCUGGCCUUGAAUGCUUCUGGGAUGAGCCAUCCACAAUCUCUCUGGACAACCUGUUCCAGGGCCUCACCCACCCUCUCAGAGGAAAAACUUCCCCUGGCAUCUAGUCUAAAUCUUUCCUCCUUUAGUUUAAAACCAUCCCCUCUUGUCCUAUCACUAUCUACUGGUGUAAAAAAAAAAAGUUGAUUUCCCUUCUGUUUAUAAUCCCUGCCUUUAAGUACUGGUAGGCCAUAACAAGGUCUCCUCAUAGCUUUCUCCAGACUGAACAAGCCCAGCUUCUUCAGCCUGCCUUCAUAUGAGAGGUGCUCCCAUCCUCUGAUCAUCUUUGUGGCCCUCCUCCAGACCAUCUCUAAAAGCUCAAUAUCUUCCCUGUGCUGGAGGCCCCAGACCUGGCCACAGUAUGCCAUGUGGGACCUCAUAAGGGCAGAGUAGAGAAGGAUGCUAACCUCCCUCACCCUGCUGACUACCACUCUUCUCAUGGAGCCCAGAGUACCGUUUGCCUUUCAGGCUGCAAGGGCACACUGUUGGCUCAUGCUAAGUUUUUCAUCUACCAGGACCCCUCAAUCCUUCUUGACAGAGCUACUUUCAAGAAGUUCUCGCAGUCUAUAUACAUAUCUGGGAUUACCCAAGUGCAAAACCUUGCACUUUGCUUUGUUGAGCUUCGUUAAGUUCACAGGGGCCCGCCUUUCAAGUUUGAGGUCUGUCUGGAUGACAUCCCUUUCUUCUGCCAUAUCAACUGCACAGUUGGUGUCAUCAGCAAACUUGCUAAGGGUGCACUUGAUCCAAUCAUCUAUGUUGCUGAUAAAGAUGUUAAAAAGUACUUGUCCUAAGACAGACCCUUGGGGAAUGCCACUCAUUGCUAGCUUCCACCCGGACAUAGAGCCAUUGACCAUAACCCUCUGGUUGUGACCUUCCAACCAAGCCCUUAUCUACCAAAUAGUUCACCCUUCAAAUCCAUAUCUCUCCAAUUUAGAGAUAAGGAUGUGAUGGGAGGCCAUGUUGAAGGCCUUGCAGAAGUCCAGCAUGUAAUAGCCUUACAUGCUAUGAAAUGCAUUUAAAAGCUUUGCAUUCUAGCUAGGUAUACUUAGAUUCUGUAUUUGCUGAAGAUUAUGCAUCUGAUUAUUAUUUUCUAUCUGGUUGUCUCAAAUGAACUGCUGCAUAAUUCAUGAAAAUAAGUGCAGAAAUCCAAAGCUGGAAGUGGGGAUUCUGACUGAGUCAGCUGGAGUUACUUAAAUGCUGUGCCAGUGCUCGUACUAACACUACAAUUGUAUUACACAGCAACUUGACUAAAUCAUUAUCAAAGUGUAUUUUUCUUAACACAGUAUUAAGACAAGAUUCAUGCUGUUUGUACCCAGGUGCCUGCUGUUGUAUGCUUUUUUUUUGUAGCCAACGUUUUGUAAUUCAUUUUGUACCUUAGUAAUAAAUGCUUCAGUAGCCAAAGUCUGUCUCCAUUUGAAUGGUGUGCAAAACAUGUAACUUGCUGUUCUGUGACUCCUUCAAACUGGGUCUGAGAGAAAGCAAGCUUGCAAUGCAAAAGUAGACAUUAAAAAUGUGUUUGUGUGUGUAUAUAUGUGUAUAGAUAAGUAAUGCUGCAGCAUUUUCUUCCUCCUUUUGAGUUCCUUUGUACCCUUCCAUUCAGUCUUUGCUUGACUGUUGCAUUUUUUUUUGGUGCUUAUUGUUACCUGCCUUUAAUGAUCUAGGCUGUGAACUUGCUGAUGGCCUUACAGUGACUAGAAAGGAUAUAGACAAAAGUCAACAUAACAUUCCCUUCCCUUUAGGUGUUUUUUGUGUAUGAGACUCCCAGCUACCUGCUUUGACUGCUGGCUCCUUGUAACCAGUAUAAAUUAUUAAUUUCUUUAACUUUAUGUACCCUCUUCUGAACCUGACAAAUAUGAAUUUAACACUUAAAACUUUGGAGUUGUUCACCAUUAAGUCUUGUGAUUCCUUACUCUGGAAGGGAAUUACUGUCACCCAGAAAAAAGCUUCCUUGGUUUAGAGCUCUCCAGGUAAAUUUUGUGCUCUGUGCAUUGCAGUCAUUUAAUGUAGCAAUGAUGGUCUUGGCUUCAAGGAGGUCAUCAAAUAGUGUGAUGCAAAACUGGAGUUUAAAGUAAGUCUGUCACCUAGUCAGAGAUACGUAUAGGUGGCACGUUGAUACAUGGAGCAAUCCCUCCUUCCUUGUAUGGUUAUGAGCACUAAAGCAACUUGUAUACAGUCUAGUCUUCUUGUGGGAUUGGACUAGAACUUUUUGAAUGUUUACAGUCUUGUUUACUGUAUUUUUUAAUGACUGAGGACUGUAGAUCAAGAUUCCAAAUCAUAUCAGAUAAGAUAUGUAAAUGGCUCACUGUCUGAGGACUGAGAAGUAAACAGUAGCAGUUGAUAUUACUGCAACAGUAAUAUCUUUCUGUUCUGCCUUAAGUUGCACUGCGGGAUGAUAUUCUUUUAGAAGGUUGUCUAGCUUCAUUAAUUACCAGCAAGAAGACAAAAUAGAAAGCAAGUCAAGUCCUGAGAAAUAUUAAUCUCACCAUGUAUUGUUGGGUAGUUUCUGUGUCAGUUAUUUUGACUUUUUACAGCUGAACUACAAGUGGUGUCCAUGAACAGGAAUGUCUGGUUAGGUAUUUACAUGAUGUUUGGGCUGGCAGUCUUUCGUACCACAACACUGUACAAAAAUUUCGUAUCAUUCUACUGAGGAUUCUUUUUUAACUUGCAUAGAAAGUAAGUGUACAGAAUAUUAAGGAAUUAGGAACACUUGGUGGAAGAGAGGCUAAAUAAUAGUGAAGUAAUAUGUUCCUGAUUUAUUAUAUUAAAUACAAGUCCUUGGAUUUAAAUUAUUAGAUUUUUCCUAAUGAUGAGCACUCAGUGCUUGAACUGAACCGCAGCACUAACUGGUGUGGAUGUGUUCUUGCUGGUAAUCUAGAUAGCUUAUCCUUGGACUCUACUGUAAUUACAAGACUCCAAAUAAAAUUUGGUGCCUUUUCUAGCACAGCUAGAAAGAAUGUCUACUAAACAGUCAUAUUUUUGCAAUAGCAUAUGAAAACCUGUGGACUGAAAUUGACUGACAUUCUAAUAACUGCUGAAAACUCAAAUGGAAGGAGGAAAGCCUAAAGUAUUAACAAGAGCCUACUCAUAAGUUGUCCCUGUAAUUUUACUUGUUUCUUCAUUAUUGGAUAUAUCAAACAGUUCAGAUACACUACACAGAAACUUAGAAUCAUCAAUUUAGAAUACUUUUAAUUCAAAAAACACAUGAGUGUUCUGUUUGGGCUAGACAGCUCUGACAUCUUACAGAAUCAUAGACUUGCUUGGGUUGGAAGAGACCUCAAAUAUGUUCUUUGAUUCAUACUAGUUGAAACUUCCUUUUUCACUUUCCAAUCUCAUUUAACAGAGAGCUGUUAUAUUGUUACUUAUCAUAGGCUGAAAAGUGUUAAACACAAGCAUUCACAAAAAAACUCCACCUAGUAUGAAAGUUUCACAAGCAUAUCAGUAGCAGCAUACAUAUUGGCAAAAUCCAAAUUACAAGAUUUGUGUAAGCAAGGGACUUGCUGGGUAACAGCUAGUUUGCCUCAAACUGAAAAAAAUGUGGAAAGCUUUUUGAAAUCUGUUUUGAAAGCUGUUUGAGAUCUCUUCUGUAGAUCACGAUUUCUUGUAGUAUUUUCUAAACUGAAGCUUAUAGUAAUACUAUGGAGCUAAUGAAAUAGUGAAAGAAUUUAGGAACAACUGAUGGAUCAUAUCUGUGUUUUAAAAAUAAACAGCUCUUCAGUUAAAGCAAAAAAAAAAAAAAUAACAAAAAAACAACCAAAAUAACCCUCAUCUAAGCCAG